AUGGCUGCAGCGCUCCUAAACCAGACAAACACCAGUGCAGCUACCUCCUGCUCCAUGGAGUCCUUAAUGGAAAAACCCAUGGCUAUCCAUGUUUAUUCUCUGUUUUUUAUCGUGGGCUUUCCAGCAAACUGCCUGUCUCUGUAUGUCGCCUGGAUGCUGAUGAGGAACGGGAACAACAUAGGAGUCUACCUCUUCAACCUGUCCGUCUCUGACCUGCUCUACACAAUCACCCUGCCUUCGUGGAUUGAACUGGGCAUGCAGAAGCCUCUGGGUGGUCUGUGGUGCAGUUUAGUGGCUGUGAUCAUGUACAACAGCUUCUACGUGGGCUCAGGCCUCCUUUGCUGCAUCUCCGUUGAUCGUUACCUGGCCGUGGUGUUUCCUCUCCACUUCCACUGGGUCCGAGAGGUGCGGACGGCAGCUGUUGUGAGUAUUGCUGUUUGGAUUUUGGAGAUAACCAUCCAUAUUAUCCUGCUGAACCACACGGGGGCGCUGCAAGCUUUCUCCUCCAGAGCCCUGUGUAAGGAGCGAAUGCCCAUGACACAAGAAGAAGCCAACCUGGCUCUAACGCGAGUCACUCUGGGUUUCUUGGUCCCCGUCUUCAUCAUGACCUUUUGUUUCCAGCAGAUCAUGCAAUCGCUCCGACAGAGCCCCUCCAUCCUGAGGCAGGAGCGCAGGAAAAUAGGACUGCUGCUGUUUUUCCUGCUUCUAACCUACAUAGUGGCUUUUAUGCCCUACCAGACCGUCAUGCUGCUCAGGGCCAUACUGGAGCCCGGGACCUGCGACUGGGCCACCAGGCUCACAGAUCCGUACCUGGUCACGGUUGCCACAACAACCAUAAACAGUACCCUGGAUCCUAUAAUAUACUGUUUAAUCAGUGAGAGCGCUCAUAGAGAGAUUAGCAAAGCAAAAGAGAAGUGUCGGGGAUCUUUUCUUAGGUGGAAAUGGACAGUCGGCUCUGAAGGAAUUCAGACAGUUUCCUAA